AUGUUCACCCUGGUGUAUGUUCACCCCGGUAUAUAUUCACCCUGGUAUAUGUUCACCCUGGUGUAUGUUCACCCCGGUGUAUGUUCACCCUGGUGUAUGUCCACCCUGGUAUAUAUUCACCCUGGUAUAUGUUCACCCUGGUAUAUGUUCACCCCGGUAUAUAUUCACCCUGGUAUAUAUUCACCCUGGUGUAUGUCCACCCUGUUAUAUAUUCACCAUGAUAUAUGUUCACCCUGGUAUAUGUUCACCCUGGUAUAUGUCCACCCCGGUAUAUAUUCACCCUGGUAUAUAUUCACCCUGGUGUAUGUUCACCCUGGUAUAUAUUCACCCUGGUAUAUGUUCACCCUGGUAUAUGUUCACCCUGGUGUAUGUCCACCCUGUUAUAUAUUCACCCUGGUAUAUGUUCACUCUGGUAUAUGUCCACCCCGGUAUAUAUUCACCCUGGUAUAUAUUCACCCUGGUAUAUGUUCACCCUGGUGUAUGUCCACCCUGUUAUAUAUUCACCCUGGUAUAUGUUCACUCGGGUAUAUGUCCACCCCGGUAUAUAUUCACCCUGGUAUAUAUUCACCCUGGUAUAUGUUAACCCUGGUAUAUAUUCACCCUGGAAUAUAUUCACCCCUGUGUAUGUUCACCCUGGUAUAUAUUCACCCUGGUAUAUGUUCACCCUGGUGUAUGUUCACGCUGGUAUAUGUCCAACCUGGUAUAUGUUCAUCCUUGUGUAUGUUCAACCUGGUAUAUGUUCACCCUGAUGUAUGUUCACCCUGGUAUAUGUCCAACCUGGUAUAUGUUCAUCCUUGUGUAUGUUCAACCUGGUAUAUGUUUACCCUGGUAGUGGAAAUAUAUCAGGGCGGUCAUAUAUACCCUCCGCGGGUUGUAGAAGUGUUUACCCAAUCCCUCAAUACCAUCGUUCUCUAUCUGGCAAUGGAUUGUGCAUUUAGAUCAGGAUUUGGGAAUUCCUUCUUUGAGACUUUAAUUGUUGAUAACAAAGUCCUCAGUUAA